AUGGUUCCUGCAUUGCGAAAGAUCCUAAUCAUAAACCCAAACUCAACAAGAGCCAUGACGAAUGCGCUCAAGCCGUUGGUUGACUCUCUAGGCUACUCAUCGACACAACAUACCUACUUCACGGCACCUUCAGGACCGGAAUCUAUCAACAAUGAAGACGACGCAGCCGAAUCAGCAAGACAUUGCCUAGAACCUCUUCUUCCGCUACUCGAAACGCACGACGCUUUCCUUGUCUGCUGCUACUCGGCACAUCCGCUUGUUGGGCAGCUCAAAGCAAGACCUGAAAUUGCUGGUCGUCGCAAACCGGUCACUGGUAUCUUUGAAGCGUCAGUCAGUAGCAGUCUACAAGCCAUCGGACCCGGCGAACGAUUCGGUAUUGUGAGCACGGGUAGGGUGUGGGAAGCAACUUUGCGCGAAGCUGUAGACAACUAUCUUGGUGUCGAGGACAAUACUGAGGGCAGCGCAGCAUUCGCGGGAGUGCAAACCACAGGUCUCAAUGCCACAGAGUUGCACGAGACACCUCCUACUGAAGUUCGUAGCCGCAUGAAGAAGGCAGUCGCAAGGUUAUUGGUUGAUGAUGCGGGAGGUCCGGUCGGAGCGGUGUGUCUAGGAUGUGCAGGUAUGGCAGGAUUUGAUGACAUGGUCAGAGAGGCAGCUAUCGAAACACUGGGUCAUAGCCAGGGAUCGAAAGUCCGCAUCGUUGACGGCGUUGUUGCUGGUGUUGCAUGGCUCGAAGGUGCUCUGCGGUCAGGCAUGUAG